AUACGAGAAAUAAUUAAAUACUUACUCACUACAGAAUAUUGACUCCUAAUUUUUUUAUGUGAAGUAAAUAGUGCAUGAAACGAAACGUUCUUGGCUAACGGUAAAACGAUUGACAGCUGACAAUUGUCAUCUGUCACGCAAGUUGAACGUUUUCAAACGUAAACAAUUUGAAUUCGAUGAAAGUAAAUAACAUAAAAUGAAAGAAUUACUAAACAAAGUGCCGUGUAGAAAAAACCAACUAAAUACUUUAUUAGAUUUGUUCGGAGAAUAUGACGAACCGCUACCAUAUUCUAUAUUUAUCAGCGGAAGUAUGGCGACCGGAAAAACUUUGUGCCUGACCAAUAUAUUGGAUUAUUUAUGUUAUAAACAGAUAACCAUAGAUUGUAUUGAAUGUUAUUCACCUAAAAUAAUCUUCGAGACGAUACUUGCUGGUCUACAAGACGAAGAUGUUGAAAUAAAAUGUGAGUCAUUGUCUGACCUUACGAAUUGUUUGAACAAGUUUGGUGACGAUAAAAUGACUUAUGAACCUAUCAUUAUCAUCUUCGAUCGAGCUGAAAGACUGAGGACAAUGGAUCAGACAUUAAUGUGUACAUUUUUACGUCUGCGCGAAUUCUGUAAUCUCAAUAUAUGCACUGUUUUUGUAACGCAUUUAGCCUACGACAACUUUUACUUUAAAAUAGGCGCUCUAGAGCCGAUACAGAUAUUCUUUCCUAAUUACACAAGAGAUGAAUUAUUCAAAAUCAUUAUUUCAAAUCAUAAAACAUUCAUAGAUGAAAUGUUAAGGCAACAUAAUAUAGUAGAGGACAUAUUAAUUGAACUUAAUGAGAAACAAUUAUUUGCAAACUUUUUAAAUGCAUUUCUCAGUGUAUUCUACAGACCUUGUCGAGAUUUGAUAGAAUUACAGCACAUGGCACAAAUAAAUUUCAUCAAAUACUGUGAACCAAUAAUAAGAGAAGAAAUCAAAGCUAGUGAUGUAGACAGACUUUGGCGACACAUAACUCCUGUACUAAAAUCAAGCUUAGCACACUUAUAUCUUAGAAUCAGCGAUGGCAAACCUGUUUCACCUAGCAAAGAAAACAAAACUGAGCUACAAAAACUCUACAACUUUGAGAAUUCAUUAAAAGAGGAACUGAUGUCAACAAAAACAUUUGCACAAAGUUUCGAACUCCCUUAUUAUGCCAAAUUUCUUCUAAUAGCUGCAUAUCUCGCUAGUUACAAUCCUCCGAAAGAAGACAAACGCUUAUUUAUGAAGAAUCAUGGGAAACAACGAAAAAGAUUACAACAGGUCAAAGCUAAAGCAAAAAUAACUGAGAAAUUGACUACUCAGCUCGGGCCUAAAGUUUUUACGCUGGAUAGACUGUUAGCAAUAUUCUAUGCUAUUCUAGAAGAAAAGAUAGGUCUAACGAGUAAUUUAUUAGCUCAAAUAGCAACACUUGUAGAAUUAAAAUUGAUUGCGGGAAGUAAGGAGAUAGAUUUAGACACAGCAAAGUACAAAUGCAUUGUUGGAUAUGAUUUUAUUAACGCUGUAGCACAAACUGUUGAUUUUAAUGUUAGCAAAUAUUUAUAUGAUCUUAUAUAAAUUAACAAAGACUUGAAAACUGUGAGAGGAAAAGAUAAGAAAAGGUUAAUCUACAGUUUAGUUGAAAUCAAUAGAAAGCAGGUCGUGCAUUUUAAUAUGU